AGACUUGAUAUUCCCGCUGGAUCUGCUAAACGCUUCGAACCUGGUGAUACCAAAACUGUAACUCUUGUCGAUAUUGGUGGAAAGAAAUAUAUCUCUGGAGGAAAUGAUCUCGCGUGCGGUGUCGUUGACCAUUCUAAACUUGAUUCUUUCGUCAAAGCACUAAUUGACAAAGGCUUUAAACAUAAUCCACAAAGUGACAAAUCUUUAUCAUGUAAUCCCUAUACCAUUGAUCGAGAUGCCUAUGCUGAUAUUUAUGGACCAACUGUUGGUGAUCGCUUAAGACUGGGUAAUACGGAUUUAUGGCUGGAAAUUGAAAAAGAUUACACUAUAUAUGGUGAUGAAUGCAAAUUUGGUG